CUUCGCCUCUGUCCGCCGUCAAUCGAAUGUCUGCCGCUCUCUGAUUCUCACGAAGAACUCUCCGUUAGAUCAAGUCACCGUUAUCAGACGCCGCGAGAAAAUCGAAGAAACAGAGAGGAAGCGCAAAGAAGACUGAAGUUCCUGGCAGAGGAAGCUUUUUCAGUUUCUGAAUGUUCUUCUAGGGUUUUGGCUAAUCGGAGAAGAUAAGGGUAAUUCGGUAUUUUAUCCCGGUCCUCGGUUGGUGUUUAAUCCGAUUGGCUGCAGUGAGGUAGGACCCUUUCCAGCUAGCGGAGAUACGCCUAUGAAGAAGCUCUUCUUUUUAAAAUUUUCGUCUGGUAAUGGAACUGGUAGCAGCGCUGUUCCUCAACCAGCAACUGAUAAACAAGAUCAGCGGGAAAAAGCAUCAGAAAAUAGGAUGAGAAAUCAGGGUGGUGGUCAGGCCGAGCAGGACUUCAAUGGUCCAAAGGGUUUUUUCCCAAAGUCCCAGAAGGAAGUAUCUGGUGGUCCAGCUUUUAGACGAAGCCGUUCAUUGUCCUCGGCUGCUUUUCUUGUUGAUGGAGUUGGAGAAACCUCCUCAAAUGAUCAAUGCAAAUCACCUCGUAGUACUACCAACAGCCACCAUCGGCAACGCAAUCAUUCAUCUCGGUGCCUUACUCCAGAACGACAAUAUAGAGAAAGACAAUAUGAACCAGAAUACAAUCACAUAUAUGAGGGGAAGUUUCCGCAUGAUUCAUCUGGAAGCCCUUCAUCUUGUUCUAGUAAUGUCUCGAGUAAAGUUGUGGACCGUUACAUUGAUGGGGAAGAGCAUCUAGAGAGGAGCAAGAAAAAGAGCAAUUCCUCGCGUAGUAAUAUCUCUGGAGACAGUAAGGGUAGGAGGCUUCCCCCACGGGUUCAUUGCAUGGUCCCUACAUCACCACCAGACAGUGUAAAAGAAAAACGGAAGUCUCACUCAUUUAGAGAAGCAAAAGGGAUCGACCUUCACCUCUCUUCUAGUGAAUUCACGGAAAAUGGAUUUGGGCAUGACUCCCCUCGUGCACUUGCGAGAAGUGUGAUCGAGAGACUCUCUCAAACUCACAAGUCCAAGGCAUUAAAUCGUGAACCGAUCACUAUUCAAGACAUCUAUGGUGGAUCCCUAGGUAGAACCUUUGAUUCAAACUCGGAUGUCACAGUCAUGAAAACUGUUCCUCUUGUGGAACAUUUUGAGUCGGUGAACGAAGAUCAUGGAGAUGAUCUCUCAGGACACAAACAAAGUUAUUCACAUGCUAAGAACAUAUUUGGGGGCUCAAAAUAUAUUGGGGCUGAAGAGGAUACUGAUAUCGAGUUAAGAAGGAGAUGUGAAGAGGCUGAGGAGAGAGUGAAGCUUCUUUCUGAAGAACUGGAGCAGCAGAGAUCCAUUUCAAACUGCGGUUUUGAUGUUUCUUUUUUGGUAGAAGCUCUUAGAAAUCUGGAAGAGGAGAGAUUUGGCUUGGCAUUUGAGGUUUUAAGUCUUUUGCAGUCACAGAUGGUUGAAAGGGCUUCUGCAAGGGAGGAAAUCAGACUUGUAAAGACAGAGCUGGACUUGCACAUACAGAGACUAGAAAGGGAGAAGAAUGAGUUGCAGGCAGGACUGGAGAAAGAGUUAGAUAGAAGGUCAAGUGACUGGUCUUUCAAGCUCGAAAAGUAUCACCUGGAAGAGAAGAGGCUCCGAGAGCGUGUUCGAGAGCUUGCUGAGCAAAAUGUCUCACUCCAGAGAGAAGUAUCAACUUUCCAUGAAAAGGAAACGGAGAGCACAGAUAUGAUGGCGUAUUUGGACGGAAAAGUUAAGGAGUUGACUACAAAAGCAGAGGAUUUGUAUGAAGAAAACUCGUAUCUUAAACAGAGCCUGUCAAAAUUACAAGAGAGUUAUGAAGGUGCCACACAAGAUCUCGAUUGUUUAAGAAGAAACUUCGAAGAGAAGGAUAAAGAAUGCAGGGACUUACACAAAUCCGUUACAAGUUUCCUGAGAACAUGCAAAGAGCAAGACAAGACAAUCGAGGGACUAAGGGAUAGUCUUUCGGAGCAAAUUAAGAAGCAACCAAUAGAGAAAUUUGACCAGUUGGUCAAGAAAUUGCAGAUGGAGCAAAUUAGAUUGACAGGGGUAGAAUUUUCACUGAGAAAGGAGUUAGAAUCUAUGAAGAUCGAAGCUGAUUCUCUCUGCCAGGAGAAUAUCUGUCUGCUGAAUCGGUUAAAAGGAAACGGAGAAGGAACAGGAAUGUCAAUGUUCAAGCUAGACAGUGAGAUGAAGAUGCGUGUUUGCUACCUGCAAGAUCAAGGGCUGUCGAUGUUAAAUGAGAGCAACCAAGUGGGUUUCAGGUUACUGAAGUUCAUCAAAGGGAAAUUAGCUCAAUUUCCAGAAACCUAUCAGGAUGUGCACUCCAUUACCAAUGGCUUGGCCGAGCAGUUUAUGGUUGAGUCUGAAAUGAAAGUCCAAGGUGUAAAACGUGGAACCGAAAACCUGAAGAGGAGUUUGCAAGCGGUGUCCUCUUUGUUGCAUGAGAAAUCCAUUGCAGUUUCUCCAAAUCCCGAAUCAUCUUGCUCAGGUGCCGAUAGGCCUAAGGAGCCUAACGACCAAUCAUUGGAGGAAACCUUGCGAGCCGAACUUAGAGCAGAAACCCUAGUUACAAGUUUAUUGAGGGAGAAACUGUAUUCGAAGGAACAAGAACUUGACCAGCUUCAAGGAGAACUCGCGGCAGCAGUAAGGGGCAAUGAGAUUCUGCGGUCUGAAGUACAAAGCACUUUAGACAACCUCUCUGUAAAUGCCCAUGAGUUGAAAGACCUCAAGCUUCAGAUUCUGAAGAAGAAAGAGAACGUAAGUCAGCUCGAGAUCGAACUUCAGGAAGCCAACAAAGAGCUCGCGGCCAUGAAAGUGAUGUUACCGAAAGUUUCAAGCGAGAGAGACCAGGUAUGGACAGAGCUGAAGCAAUGCAGCGAGAGGAACAUGCUUUUGAACUCGGAGAACGGAAUGCUGAAGAGGAGGAUCGAGGCUUUGGACGAGGACGUUCUGCUAAAGGAAGGUCAGAUCACGAUACUGAAAGACACGCUCGGAAACAAGCAAUUCGAUCUUCUCUCCAGUCCGGAUUUCUCGAAGGAUUUCUUGGUAGAAUGACAGAGACAGGCCCGAAACGGGAGAGGUAUAUAUACACAUGCGUUUCUCUGUUCACAGUGUUGCCAUCUUUUUGGAUUUGGUUUCUUGGUUUGUGGGGAUUCUGGAUCAUACUUCCUGGUCGUAAAGCAUUAGCUGGUUUCACCGUUGCACGAGAUGAAACUAUUCUCCC